UCUUCCUUUCCAACUUCGGCGGGGCAGAAUGGCUCCCGCAAAGGAGGGUGGUGAGAAGUGCCAUUCUGCCAUCAACGAGGUGGUGACCCAAGAAUACACCAUCAACAUUCACAAGCACAUCCAUGAAGUAGGCUUUAAGAAGUGGGCCCCUCGUGCACUCAAAGAGAUCUGGAAGUUCGCCAUGAAGGAAAUAGGGACUCGAGAUAUGCGCAUCGAUACCAGGCUCAACAAAGCCGUCUGGGCCAAAGGAAUAAGAAAUGUCCCCUAUAGGAUCCUUGUGCGCUUGUCCAGGAAACGCAAUGAGAAUGAAGACUCACCAAACAAGCUCUAUAUUCUGGUGACCUAUGUCCUCCUCACCACGUUAAAAAAUCUGCAGGUAGUCAAUGUGGAAAAGAACUAG